CAAUUCUCUUCUUCUCUUCGUCUUGUGUGUGAUACUUUUACUUUAUCCUAAACGAGACAAGAGUCAGAUUUGCAAGCUCACCAAGAAGCAAACAGAGUAUGCCAUUCAUACGACUACUCAUUACACGGCUAAUUUCACAGUACACAAUUGAACACAUAAUACAGGAUUGACUACACACAACACUGAGGUAUAGUUAUAGCUAUCAAGGUAACGACCUAUAGGCACCCAAUACAACUCUAUAACACAGAGAAUAACGAAAGGGGCACGCAGAGAGCACACGCAUGUGCUACCCUGCGAAUAUGGUCUCUCGAAUAGACUCACGCACGGAAGCUGACCACCGAGGUGCAGAGGCACUGUUGUACUUUGUCUCAAAUGUCCACUUGUCUAAUGAUAACUCACGCGCGCAGUCGCCCAGUGAGAGUCCCUACGACGCUGAGAACGACAGAGACGCCAACAGCUCGGGAGAUGAAUGCCAGUUUACACUUGAUUCACAAGAGCGCUCACAUAAAGACUCGCUUGCUUAUAAAAACGAUACAGCCACGUUUUCAAACUCACAAGCACAGACAGACGCAAAGACAGCCACGCACGCACGGUCACGCACACCCCACCCGUUCAGUGUAGGCAAACUGGGUGACAAUGAAGAGAACCACACAGGUGAGAGACCCCUUUGGUCGGCAUCCUUACCAUCCUUCGGGUCGGGCACUCGUAUGAGAAGCUCUACUUUAGAUGUACCCCCGACUGGACGUGCGAGUGAUGUUACAGAGGUGUUAGUUAAUUUGAGUGAAAAUUUACCUAGCGCGUUGAAUGAUUUAGCGACGGGCUCUGAAAUGCCAGUACAUGAUGAUUUUUCCGAUGGUACUGAGAGUCACACAACAUCACCACUGUACCAAGACAUAGAAAGAGAUUCUGAAGGAGAUGGAGAGAUCGGUGUGAGCAAUAUCAAGUCACAGCCUCUUCAUGCUGAAGCAGCAUUACAAGAGAACGAGCACUCGCACGUGUUCACGAAUGCAAGAGAACACCUCGUGCACAAUAGGGACAAUGUGGCGUGUAGUAAGUUUCCACAAGAUGCAUCCACCAGAUUAUCGAUCAGUAAUACGAACACGGACGAGAGAUUUGGUGCACUCAAUCUGUCGGUAGAGGCGGGCAGCUUUAGUGAGGAUGAUAAUACUGGAUUUAGUGGCGAUUCUCGUCUGCAAGCACGGCGGAGUUUGUACGAGGAUGUGAAUGUGAGUGAGAGCAUAGAUGAACUAGGUAUCAUCCAGCAAUUCGCACAGAGACGCAACGGCGAGCGUAAUCGUCGCACAUCGGCAUCCGCUGUUCAGCGUGGUCAGGAGCGCGCGAAGCUUAAACAAGGGGGUAGGUGGGCGCGUUCACAGUCUCAGGGUACAUAUGCGUUGCAGAAUGGACACGUCAACGUGCAUAGUCAUACACAACAGCAACAGCCUCCUAUGCACGUUUCCAGAUCACCUUCACCUCUGACAAUACAGUCGAGCAGGGGGAGUGGGAGCAUGCAAGGUAUUGCACCACACCCGUAUCGUCCGUCUAUAGCAGAAAACACACAUGAAAAUAUUAAUAGCAAAAUCCAACGACGGCAGAUGCACCCGGGCGGUGUGCAACGCCGGUAUUCCGUAGACUCAUCAGGUCUUUACAAUCUUGACAGUAAGCAACAGCGUAUGAGUAGCAACUGCAGCAUUCAGCGCACACACACUGCAGGUUCCACAACAACUUCAUCCCCAACAUUCGGUCAUCUGAGUGAAACACCUCCAGAGAGGCCUCGCUCUUCCCUUUCACACAAUCGACCCAUACACACACAAACACAAGCACACGCACAGGUACGCACUCAAGCUCAAGGUGUGGGAAUGCACACCCAAACACAGCAAUCUUGUAUGGGAAUGAUGCCCUCAACUGGAGGUACCACAACUUAUGGGCCAUCGGGUGCAAGUCCUUCGCCACAUCAGAGAACGACGCCGCACGGCAGCGUAGCUACCAGUAAGAGAGGAAACAGUAGCAAAACGCCAUAUGCUAAGGCCAGAGGUAGUUUAGGGUGGUCGGUUCUGGGUGUAUCCGAUUUCCGUGCCAAAGAUCAGAAGCGCACGAACAGACGUGUUGGCGCGAAAGGCAAAACUAACUCAAGCACAAGUGUUAAUAUACGCCGUACUGCCAGUGCUGGCGUGACUGAGAAGGAUAUGCUGGCAAAUGGUACUGCAUAGAAUACGUGAAAGUGACGGGGAUACCAUGAUUUAUACCAGCGCUAUUGAUUAGCCAUGUUGUUGUAUCAGGGAAUGCAAGGAGGGUGUUUCACUAUUGAGAGUGGAAAAAAAUCUACAUACGUUGCGAAAUUAGCAUUCGGAUCUGCAUUCGCAAGACAAUAGUGGUGUAAACUGCAGUGUAGCGUCAUACACGCAGGGGGUUUGGGCGGGGGAUGAAUAUGUGUGAAGUUAAACACAUGAUGAGCAAUUGCUGAGUGUCGCGUCGAUUGUUUAAGCUGGACUUACAACACGCGGGUUUUUGUCAGCAGGUUGCUGUGUAGCGUUGAGGAUGCUCCUUUCCGGACUUCAUAUUCCCACAUUUUUUUACCCGUACGAAUGCAUCAAGGAACGAGCAUCGUUGUGGUCAUUCGUCAUCAUUAGUAUGAUUGGAACCUUGUGCAAUGGGUACUGAGACGGGUACUGGCUUGUGCGCGUCUAUCCUCACGAUUCAACAGUGUAUGCACUGUUUCAUUCCUACGAGUCAAUACAUAAGGACGAUCACUAUGAUGGGAUAUUUCCGGUUGCUGAUGUUGGAGGCAGGUAUACUAAUAGUUCGAUCGACCACGCGAAGGCUAGUCGAGCCUCCGUCAUCUACUCUAUCGCCAGAGGUACAACCAUAAGUAGUAUGAGCCUUGAGACUGAAAUGGUCUCUUGCGCCACAUCAAUCGAAUAUUGUGUGCUAUUACGGCAGUACGAGUCAGGUCGGAACACCAAUCAUAUGGGUUAGAACAAGGAAUCACAUAUUUGACUCACAAGCAAGACCACCCUUGAGGUUGGGUCAAUUUUAUAAGGGCAAUUUGAUUCCCACAUACUUUAUUUAGUUGCAAAGUGCAAUAAGUUUUUCAAAUUAAUUAGUUACUGAGCCUUUAUAUGGCCUUAAGUGACAGAGCCGUUGUAUGGCCUUAGUUAAAUAGCCGUAUAUAUGGCCAAUUUUCAUUCAAGUUAUAUCUUGAAGUGACAGUUACAUUAAAAUGUUGAUCGGAAAGAGUUCAGUAAG